AUGGAUUUCUUACCUUCACACCUUAUGACGGUACCCGUACCGUGUGCAGCCCUAGCAAUAGAUGCUGAUGAAUAUGAGAAAUUAAGGGAGUACAUGUUGGUCGCCGGGCGUGCCAAUAAUAACAACCAUAAUAGGUUGAAUGUUAUCGUAUUAGAUGGUUUCAGUGGCAGUGAUGGUAACACUGAACCUGUUCAGUGGGAACCAGAUAUCCCUAGUCAUUCAGAUUGGGUCUUCCUCCAGAGGAGGAUGCCGCCUGUUAUAGUCUGUGUCAGGGAUUGGCAGCAUUAUGUAGUAGAUUCAUCUUGGGCAGCUACUGCUGGAGACGAUGUUGGUGGUGAAUCAAAUGAUAGUGUUGAUUUCCAAGAUGAAGAUCCUCACGGUCAAACAAGUGUACAUCGUGGCGACUCUGGUGAAGCGCAAAUAAUAAGAGGUGAUAUGAAGCAGCUUGCAGACCUUAUAAAGUCAGAUGUUGAACGUUGUCUCGGUGCAUAUAGACGUAACCUUUUAGAUAAAAGGCCGGUAGCGGGGAAAAUCAUGUUCCUUAUUGUCUUACGUGAGGGUACUAAAAAUGCACAAAAGGCUGUUAAUAGUUUAAAGAACCUCAAUGCAAAUGAAGUUGCAGCGGUAUGUGUUACCAGUGGAGAGUUGGAUAUAGCCAAUAAGGUGGGCAAGUUGGAGCAGCUUAUGUACGACCAUAGUAUCGCAUACUACGAAAGGCGUAGUUACCUAUUAUCAAAAACAUUGUCAAAAGUUAAACCAAGUGCAGGGGCGACUGUCGAUGAGACUUCUGAGAUUAAUGCGGCGAUGACCAACUUUAAAUUGGCAUACUUUCAACAAUUCACUGGGAAUUUUAAAGAUAGUGCCCAGACAUUAGUACAGGCAUGGUCUCACAUAGUCCCAGCGGCAACAGCCAACCCGUCAUCAGAUUAUGCCAGUGUUGCGCUAUACAUUGCUCUGCAACUUAUCGGUGUCCAUUUUGCUUGUUCUAAUAUUGUCGAUGCACUUACAAGUGCAUUUGAGGCUGGAGCGUUCUUCAAGCGUGUCCUCUACUCAGACCCGCAGAUAUUGCUAUACCACAACCUGUGCUACUUGCUAUAUCACUCUGUGGCGCUACACCUGGAGAAGGCCGUAGACUACAAGGAGAUUAAGGCUAAUGAUCACCUACGACAUCAUGCAGUUAACUUUGCAAAAUGGGCUAUUCAACAUCUAAUCAAAAUGAGAAUAGCAAUCAUGUCAAAUGAGCAUACUAAUGAGCCAGAGAGGUCUUUCGCUACCCUAUUGAUGCGUGGUGAUGAUGAUUUUUCGCAUCUUUAUUCAUCGGUAGCCUCGGAAUGUACCAACCAGACUGUGAAACAGCGGCUACAUAAACUGGAAUCUAUUACCGAAGAGCUGUUAGUGCGGCUAAUGGACAUGUUAUCAACAUGGAGCUGGUACAAUACUUUGGUUGAGGUUACCGAGUUGUUGGGAGAUUCUUUAUUACUCUCGGGUAAUUUGAAGCAAGCUUGUUUUAUUUACUCCAACAUUGGUGAUGCGUUAGUGAAUUCUACAACCCUUGAAGCAGAGUAUCUGUUAAAGAGUUGCACUUCACCUGUUAUAUCUGAGGCAUUAAAACACAGUACAACUUCAAGGUCGACCCAGACUGCAGACAGCCCCGUAUCCAAGGAGCACAGGCUGCAACCUAAUUUCCCUAAAUCAGCUACUGUGAUGAUAUUAGCCGAACAUGGGCAUGCUAAGAUCUGGUUUCCCAUAUAUAAAAGGAUAUUGACAAAAAUGAUGAUGACUAUUAACAUGAUGUUGGAUUUCCCGGUAGAUAUACCCGUGUCACUAUUACUUGAAGCUGAUAUCCCUUCUGUAGUAUGUGAUGAUCAGGUAAUAUCGGCAUCUUCGAGUUCUUGUAUGGCCACUGGUACACGUGACUAUGCAUUGAUUUUACUUAAAUCAUUGCUGACUUUAUAUUCGAUUACCAAUGUGGUCCUUGAUUUCGAUUCUUUAUGUUCAAGGUUGGUAUCGGGAAUUUUAGAUACGGAUAUUGUCAGCUCGAUACUGUUGAGUAAGAACCACACGCCGUUUUAUGUCCUCGGGCAGGAAGAAAAGAAUGAUAAUAUGGUAGCUACGAAAUUACAAGUGGUUAUCACGUUCCAUGUUGACCUUCCAUUUUCCAUAGAGGUGAACCGGGUGACCAUCUGUACUUCCAUUGGUACUUUUGUGUUCGACAUAUCGUAUUCCGAGUGCCAUGAUGGUCAUGUUGAAAUAUACUUCAACCCAUGCACGGGUAUGGAGAGUGACUUGAGCAAAGAUAUAGAUACACCAAGUGAUGACGAUGUUAAUACUGUGAUUGUUGAAGAUACGUUAUCAUAUCCCAAUUUGGGUAGUAAUAAGGUGCUGAUUGAUGGCCAUCGUCGUGUGAUAUUGGCAAUAACGUUCCCUCCUAUAAACAACAAGUUUAUGAUUGACAGUUUCAGUUUACUUGGUGUAAGGUUGCAUUGGACUAAAGUGAUGUGUGAUGGCACUUUAGUGGACAUAGCAUGUAUAAUUCCGUCAUUGGUUAAGGUUCCACGAAGAAACGCUUGUACCGAAGACCCUUUAUUCAUAGGUGAUGAUACAUCCGGUACUUUUCGGUUACUGGACUACGUGGAGAACGUGGGUUCGUCUCGAUCGACGCUUAAAGCUGAUGACAUUUUGCAAAUGACAAUGGUUGGGUCUGUGGACCCCGAGCUUCACAGUACCAUGGCCGAGACCAUCUUAGAGCUUACAAAACCUACUCAUAUGGGUUUCAACAUAUCAGAGUUGACACCAUCUGACGGUGCGUCUGUGUCCUAUGUGCGUGGUGCUUAUCGUAUGUUUGUGAAUCGUAUUUACUUUAAGGUAUUUUUGGGUAACAUAGUCGAGGGUCAUGUUGCCCCUGUAUCCUGUGUGUUAUUGUUUAAUAAGCAGAUUCUUGGCGCUGAUACUUUGGGUAGGAUCAAGUUUUCUGUGGAGGUAACUUCUACAGCGAGUUCCCAUAUUUACUAUGCUUUAUGUCGUGAUGAAGAUGGUAAAACUGGUGUAAUGCGUCAAUGUCUGAACAACAAGAUCUGCUUUACGUUGACCGAAUUUGCAGAUUCUGAAAAUUUUGAAGUUGACCCUCAAUUAGAAUCUCAGAGUGUUUCUGAGAAUGAGACUGUGGUACCAACCCUGUUUGCUGAGAACCAUAAGGUCAACUGUAGUAUAAAUGAGGAUAUGAGAAGUUUCCUUGAUUUGGUAAAACGUGAUGACAAUACUGGUGUUGUGUACAUAUAUGGUUUGUUGAAAGUGCUCUCUCAUGGUCCCACGAAUAUCCAAUUCAGCUUACAAAUGCAACCUAUGUUAGGUCAUACAUUAAAGGCUGUAGAAUCUAAGCUCCUUGUUGUGACCGAUGUCACUGAGACUUUUGUACAUGAGCCUAUAAGUAUGGAUUUAAAUCAUGAGCAGGUUUAUAACAACACUUUUGGUGGUUUCCUCAGGCUGCUUAAUAUGUACCUAUCUAAUAGGAGUCCGCUUGAUUAUGAAAUUCAUAAUGUGAGGGUGUUAUACGACGGGGCCAUUGCGGCUUCAAAUGAUCAGUUAUAUGGAUUCUGUAACCAUCUGGAUCGACAGAAGAGUAUACAAUUUAUGCACAUGUUCGCUGGUAACGACAACUGUGGUAGUGCUGUGGAAGUACAAUGUGUCCACUCUGUAGUUCACCCGGAUGCGUUUCCCUUUGACAGGCUACGGCCGUCUUUCCAGAACCUUAUAACGGUAGGUCUAUAUACAUGGUGA